AUGCAAAGACUCGGUCGCUUAUCUCGACACUUUCGUGGGACAUUAUUCGUAAUAGGGAUGUUGGUAGUUGUGUUUUGCCUCAAGAAUAUCCGGCGCCUUUUGCCACCAAAUUUCACAUGGAUCGAUCUAAGAAAUCACGAACAGAGCCUUCCCAUCUUAUCUCCUGUCGUGGAACCUCGAUUGUUCCUCGAACAAUCUUUGUUUCUGCUUGUAAUAAUUUCGUCUUCCCCAAACAAGCAAGUAAACGCAGAAAGGAGAAAUAUGAUAAGAAAAACUUGGGGGAAUGUUGGUGAAACUCGUGUACCAAACGAUGUCGCAUGGAAAGUUGUUUUUAUGAUGGGAAAAGCACAAGAAGACAAAAUGGACCGGGCAGUCAUGGCGGAGCAUAGCAAAAAUGGUGACUUACUUGUUGGUGACUACAAAGACGGAUAUAGAAAUAUUCUCAAGAAACUCCUUAUGGCAUUUCAGUGGGCAUCCAAAAUAAAGUGUUCCUAUGUUUUGAAAACGGAUGACGAUGUUUAUAUCGAGAUUCCCAAGGUGAUUGAGUGGGUGAUUGCCCGAAACGAUGUGAAUUUUCUCUAUGGUGGUAAUCUUUACCAUGCUGAAGUAGUCCGAGACAAGAGUCAUCGGCAUUAUGUUACCGAGGAGGAUCUCUCCCUGGAACACUACCCUGUGUACUGCAAAGGUUCAAUGAUGGUAGUUUCAAAGAGUUUGGUUCCAAAGAUGGUGGAUUUAUCAAAGCAUAUAAAAAGAAUUGGCCCUGAUGAUGCUUACAUAGGACUCCUAGCCUUCCAGCUAGGGUUGAAACCGGUCCAAAUAAAAGGAUUUCAUCAAUCAAGUUACAUAUAUAUGUUUAUCAAUUACUUAAGUACAUGUCAGUUACAGGAAUUAAUAGGAAUUGGAGAUUCUCUCAGUCCAAGUCAAGUAAAGUAUAUUCAUGAAGUUAAAACAUCAUUAGCAAAUGGUAAUGAAGUACCUUCUACUUUUUGCAUAUCACUGCGAGGAGAAUUUCUGCUUUCACUGUUACUAUGUUGUACAUUGCUGUUGAUAUUGUCAUCAUGCUGCUGCAGGCAAAGAUUUUGCUCGAGAUUAAAAAAGUUGAGAUGA